GACAAAAGAGCCUCCUCACCCCAUCCUCAUCCCAUUAGUUCGGCCAUACCACACAAAACAGCAAGAGGAGGUCUACAACCUCUUAUCUCCAUAACCUCUAACCAAGCUCAAGCAAGAAGGAUGCUCAAGGAAGAAGAAAGAGUGGAGAAAGUAAAGAAAACUUAGGGAGAAAACAAGGAAUUUUACCAAGGUAUUCUAGACUUCUCAAGGAACCUAGGAGUGGCCGGAAAGUCGCCGGAGCCGCCGGAGUUUUCGCCGGAAAAUUCAAAAGUCGCCGGAGUUCAAACAAAGAAGAUAAAAGCUUGCUAGCGUCAUUUCAAGGUGAGUGGACGACUACGUGUCUUGUAACUCUUGGGUCAAACGUGGGAUUACCUAAAUAAAAUCCUUAUCAUGAUUUGAGAAAUGAUUAAAUGGAUUAAAAUGCAUGAUUAGUCAUGGUGAGUAUGAAUUAUGGAAAUAUUGAAUAAGAGAUUUAUUUGUGGACUAAUCAUGAAUAUAUCAUUGUCAAAUGUAUAAAAAUGCAUACAUGGACUAUGUAUGAGGUAACUAGAGUAAUCUAGUAUGUGAAUAUGUAUAGAAAUGUUUAAAAGUGUUUAAACAUGUGAUUAACUAUAAUGAUUAUAAGUUAUGUGAAAAUGGCACGAUUAAUGAGUAAAAGAAUUAUUAAUAUUUUUGAUAAAGGAUAAUCAUGGAUGAUUUAACUAAGGUAAUUCAAGAUGGUAUUCUUGAAGGAUUCAAGUACUUAAUCAUACAUGUCAUUAAAUUAAAUCUAGUUAUGAAGAAUAAACUAGAAUGAAAUACAUAAACGAUUAAUAAGUAUGAAGUACUUAUUAAUAGUUGUGAGAAGAUGGCUUUAUGCUUUAUAACUUUUGAGUGAGGCAUAGAUUACCUAAAGUAAUCAAGAAUAUAUUUUAUUGAAUGAUUAAAGAUAAUCAAGUAUGUGUUAUGCCAUGAUUAUAUGUAAAAUAUAGUUGAAAGGCAUGUUAAGUAAGCUUGAUGAUUUAAAAUGUGAUAAUUAAUUAUGUAUGAUGUUCCAAGGACCCAAAAAGGUAUUUUUGGAUUGAGGAAGUCAAGAAGUACAUGUGUAUAAAAUUUCACGUAAAUCGGACUUCGUUUGUGCGGUCAAACGGGCGUUGACCGCCAAGUCAAAGGCUAUACCCGACCGGGUAUAAGUAAAUACCCGACCGGGUAUUAGCUAAAAUCAGUUCCAGAGGCUACUGCCUCACCAUACCCGACCGGGUAUGGGUAAAUACCCGACCGGGUAUUAAUUAGAAGUGGUACCAGGAGUUACUGCCUCACCAUACCCGACCGGGUAUGGGUAAUACCCGACCGGGUAUUGGGUAAUACACCCAAUAUGCAGUUUUUGAGUAAGUUUAUGUGGGCCGUUGGGGUGGGACCCGUCCACAUUGGUUGCUAAGGCUUCAAAUACGGUUUAAACGCUAAGACUUGGACUAGUCGUUAGUAAAGAAAUUAGACCACGACCGGGCGAGGUAAGUGGUAGAUUAUACAUGGCGGGUGAAUACCCGGGACCGAGUAAGGUUGGGUAAAACUCUGUAGGACCAGGAGGAGUCCUUUAUGCUCAAAUGUUAACAAGGGCCCGUGUAGUCCUUGAGGUGUGUUAACCUCCAGCAAAUUACACAUAGGUAACAAGGGCAAAUGCAGUCCUUGAGGUGUGUUAACCUCCAUCAAAUUGCAUGUAGGUAACAAGGGCCCGUGUAGUCCUUGAGGUGUGUUAACCUCCAGCAAAUUACACAUAGGUAACAAGGGCAAAUGCAGUCCUUGAGGUGUGUUAACCUCCAUCAAAUUGCAUAUAGUAACAAGGGCCCGUGUAGUCCUUGAGGUGUGUUAACCUCCAGCAAAUUACACAUAGGAUGAGGGUGUAUGCGUACUCCUCAAGGCGGGGUUAGCCCCGGGAAUGUAAACUAUGAUUGUAAGGACGGAUAGUCCUCGAGGUAGGUGAACCUCAAGGUAAUGAUUUUAAAUGAUUAAACGUGCUUGAUCGGGAACGAGUUUCCGAUAGGAUAUUUUCCUUGGUCUAGGAAUUGAUUUAAACCAUGUCCGUGAUAUGGGAGUCCGAAGGGCCCCCACAGUAAUUAUAUUUUGAUAUCGGGUGAGUCAGCCUGCGGGUGACUCCACUCGAGGGUAAGACAUGGGAAAGGUGAAUUUAAUGAGGCUGUUACGCCUAAAUGAUUUGAAAGACAAAUGGGCCCAUGGGCCGGAUAUUUUACUCAUAUGUAUAUAUGUAUACAUUUUGUUUUGAAAAGGGGGUAGCUAAGAGUUAUGCCCAUAAUUAUACUAUCACCCUAUUUUGAGGGUCUCACGUGAGAAACGUUAGUUACAUUACAUACAGUUUGCCCUCACCAGUACUUUUCUGUAGUACUGAUCCCUCGGGGGAACCACCCUUUCAGGUUGAAGCUAGAGCUUACUUCCUGCACCCGUUGCUCAGGAGAUCGAUGGAGAGAAGACGUGGAAUGGGUGGUCGUGAUAGGGCGGUUCGAGGAAAUCCGAGAGGGCGCGCACCGGGGAUAGCCGGGCAAGCCAAUCGGGGGAUAUCAAGGUCGCGUAAAAGGCGAGGUAUGGGCAACCAAGGCCCACGAACACGAGCCGCGAUGGCUGAUCACAAUGUGACUGAAUUCGAGUCGUGGAACUCGGAGGAUGACUCAACUUAUCACCCUGAAAGCGAGUCGGAUGAAACUUCCUUUCAGGAAAACAGUGGAGAGGAUAUACACAGUAUUCCUCCUGACCAUGUUAGUGAGAUGUACCGAUGGUACCAACGUGAAAGGGGAAGACAACGACAGGGAUCUCAGGAGGGACUGGUCAGAGGCGAGACCUCUCUCAGGAGGGGUUGGGGUGCUCAUAGAGCACGGGUUAGGACAAUCAGAUGUUCUGAUGGCGAAGAACCAUUCUUUAAGAUCUCAAAAUACCUCAAAGAGGCUAGGGCCUUGGGGUGCAAACCAUUUGAUGGGACGGAGGACAUAUCGGAAGCAGCCGAGUGGAUAAAAAGGUUAAAUGAUGCAGCUGAUGACAUGCAGGUGGUCCCUGAACGAAAGUUAAGGGUAGCCACUAGAUUAUUGGAGGGUUUAGCUUCUACUUGGUGGGAGGGCACCAAGGGUAAGUUUGACGGGGUUGUCACGUGGGACAACUUCGAGUAAGCAUUUUAUGAGCAGUUUUACACCUCUUUCGAAGUAAAUCGAAAGAGGAGGGAAUAUAUCGAUCUCAAACAGGGAAAUGAGUUUACGGUGAAGCAACUGGAACAAAGAUUCCGACAUCUGGCAAGGUUCUUGCCUGAGUAUGCCGCAAAUGAGAACCGAAUGGCAAACCAUUUUUGGAAUGCACUCAAUUUGGAAAUACGCGAAAGAGCGACCUACCAAUUCAACAUGACUUUUAGUCAAGUAGUAACCCAAGGUCUCCAGGGGGAGGAGCUUUGGAAGGAAAGGCAAGCAAGGGAUGCAAAGGAAGCACAAGAAAGAGAUCAGGUGAUGAUUCACCCUCCACGACGAGAGGGGAAGUAUGAACUUCAGAGCAAGGGGGACUCUAACAAGUUAGUUCCGUUUUUCAGUGAGAGUCAGAACUUGGUAAGUCAAAGCUCAAGCACUCGGGGCACGGGGGCACCCAAAUGUGAGAAUUGUAGGCGAAGGCACUACGGGAGAUGUCGAGAGCCAUCUAGAUGUUACUUUUGUGGAGAAACAGGCCACAUCAAGGUCCUUUGUCCUCAACGUACGCGUGAAGGAACAUCAGGAGCUAGAGGAGGGGUCACGGGGGUUGAAAACCCAACUAGGGUUGCCUCAAACAUGGUACCUUCUACAAGUCAAUGGCAAACUCGCUCGUGAAGGCCGGGAAUGGCGGAAUCCAUUUGUUAGGCCCGAGUAUGGCAUAAGGUAUUAUUAAAUUAAACCUUAAUUUCCAUAAAUAUUUUUAUGUUCAAAAUUUUUAGCUUCAGAAAAUGAAGGGAGGAAUGUUCCUCAAGGUUCAAACGUUAAUUUCGGGGACGAAAUUCCUGUAAGGUGGGGUGAACUUGUAACACCGGACCCGAAUUUUACUGUGAGAAUUUUUUUUUUCAUCAAGUACUGGGUUAAAGAAAGUAAAUCGAGGCUAAGAGUAGUCUUGAUAAAUGAGAAAGUAAAUUUUUUGUCUUAAAUUAAUAAAGGAUUAUUAAUUUAGACGUGGGGACCACUCAUGAUAUUUCGAGUUUAUAAAAUAUUAAUAUUUAUCAAAAUGAUACUAUUAUGAUAGUAUGGAUGGUUCCUGGACCCCGGUAAUAUAAAGAAUGACAACUAGACGGCCAAGCGGGCCGGUGUCACUAUCCAAUAAUUGUGAGUCUUUAAUUAUCGGACUGAUAAUAAUUGGGAAGGCUACGAAUUAAUAACAGAAGGAAUAUAAAUAUUUUAAGAACCCAAAACAUGGGAUGAUGGAUAAUAAUGAGCAACUUGACAUGUUAGAGGUGGGUACUUUUGGAGGACCCUACCUUGGAGAUAUUUUGUAUAAGAAUAAACAGAUAAGAUUUUAUUUGUUCAUACAGUUCGGACCACUUAAAAAUAAGUGUAACAUUUUAUUAAAGUGUCACCAAAUAUGAAACCACAUAUUAUAUUCAUCUUGGUUUAGAUAAUAUUUAUAUGAUGGUGUAAAUUAAUGUUGAGCCAUAAAGUUGGCCUUUCGAUCAAACAAGGUCCCAUUAUCGGUAUAGCUAAUUAAUCAGAUAACAGACCGAAAUAAAUUCCGGGGACCACUAAAUUGAAGUUGGGUAAUAUAUAUUCAUUUUAGAGUCCAAUAUUAAUUGGAAGAAUGAUAUAUAUUUUACUUGACCCGAUAAAAUAAAAUUUAAUUAAAACAAUCCGGAAAAUACAACUUUCGGGACCGAAUGUACAUUUCGAGACACAUUGGGAUGACCUCCCACAUGGGUGGGGGCCACCCCACGUAAUUAUGCAACCAAACAGCCGAGAUGUGGGAUGGAGGGUGAUGGAGGGAUGCAUUGUAUGUGAUUUGAAUGGGUUGGCAUCAAAAGGACAUUGAGUGGACCUCACUCCCACAUUCAUUGUACAAUUGAGACAAAAGAGCCUCCUCACCCCAUCCUCAUCCCAUUAGUUCGGCCAUACCACACAAAACAGCAAGAGGAGGUCUACAACCUCUUAUCUCCAUAACCUCUAACCAAGCUCAAGCAAGAAGGAUGCUCAAGGAAGAAGAAAGAGUGGAGAAAGUAAAGAAAACUUAGGGAGAAAACAAGGAAUUUUACCAAGGUAUUCUAGACUUCUCAAGGAACCUAGGAGUGGCCGGAAAGUCGCCGGAGCCGCCGGAGUUUUCGCCGGAAAAUUCAAAAGUCGUCGGAGUUCAAACAAAGAAGAUAAAAGCUUGCUAGCGUCAUUUCAAGGUUGAAGCUAGAGCUUACUUCCUGCACCCGUUGCUCAGGAGAUCGAUGGAGAGAAGACGUGGUUCGUGCUUCCUCUCGUUCUAUUUUUAAAUAAUUAAAAAAAAAUGCUCAUGGAACUAUUUUGACUUAUAAAUUAAUGGAGCCUGCGAGCUCGUGUUUUACCCUUGUGUGGGUUCUUAUUAAACACUUAUAUUCCGCUAUGUGUUUGAUUGUAUGUUGAUGUUGUUAUGUAUGUUUACUAAUCGGUUUUGGCAUAUGUAUCUAUCGGACGUCUUGUGCAAUUCGGUAAGGGAUGAACUGCGGUUAUUCUUAUUGGGUUGUACGACGGUUGUCCACGUGGCACAGACGCGGUCUGGGGCGUGACAC